AGACAUCUUGUGAGCUGAGCAGAAGCAGCAGUGAGACAGAUACAAUGAUAUUGAUAACGAUACCACUUGUGUGAUUGACUGGCCAAGUCUGGUUUUAUUAUCGUUACAAGAUGAAGUGCCAUCAGAUACUUACCGGGGCUUGCAAUGCCGGCGACCGCUGCUUUGCUGUCGGUAGUGUGGAGGGCGUGCCGUUUACAGCCUAUGCUGCCGGCUGCAACAUAGUCAUUCUGGCCAGCACAUUUGAACGCGUGCAGGUCAUUCCCGGCGUGUGUCAUGACAACGUACAGAUAUCCUGCGUUGACUGUUCCACCGACACGGGCAAGAUAGCCGCCGCGUAUGGGAAGCUCGUGUGUGUUUUUGAACCCACGCCUCUUGUCAAUCAGUUGAACGGCCAUAGACUUGAUUACCGAUGGAUUCAGACGGGAGUGAUCGAGGCGGAGAACUACAUAAACACCAUGUCGUGGAACGUGGAGGGAACACGUCUGCUAACGGCCGGGGACGUACUUCAGAUGUGGGCAGCCCCCAUGGGUAGACUCGCACCUGCGGAGGAUGGUUCUUGUCCGGUAAUGUUUGAUCUGGAGUGUGAAGGCACGGACGAGGAGGAGCCUGCGUGGUUGUGCAUCUGGCGGUGUGUGACGGCGGCAGCGACUGUCUUCUUGUCUUUCUCACCAGAUGGCACGCUCUUUGCCACGUCUGCGGCCAAUGAUCGUUUGGUCAAAAUCUGGUACGACAAUAAACACAUGUUGGCUCCUGCAAGGCCCCAAGAUGGAACAAAUUUCACCAACGACAUGAUCCGAUCAUCAGUGAGCUACAGCUAUAUUUAUCUGCCUCACCCAAGUGCUGUGAAGGGGUUCACCUGGAGGGCCACCAGCAAGUACAUGCCCAAGGGAAGUGUAAGUAACAUGUUGGUGACGUCUUGCCGUGACAACAUCAGUCGUGUGUGGGUGGAGACGGUGUUGCCAGAUGAUGAUCUUGUGUCCCUCCUGCACCUUGAUCCAGCAGCUGCCCAAAAUCCUCGUUUCCGGACACACCGACACAAGCACCGUUUUAUGCAGAGAUUGAAGCACAUGAAGGCGUGCUUCCAGAUGAGGCGCCAUGUUAAGGCGGGAGGCUCCAUCGUCAUGGGCAGUCUCGGUGGGAUCGGCACAAAGCCUCUGCCUACUCUGUCAUCAUCCUACUCAGUCCAUGAUUUCCAUAUGUAUGGUAUUCAUGCUAUGGGUAUUACUCCAGGCUUCCAGUUUCACCUCGCAGCUUCCAUAAACGCAGAAACAGACAUCCCUCUGGUCCCGAGCAUCAGUGGAGUAACAACCACAGGGGAGACAGAGCAGAGUUUUGUCAUCCACUGGCUCAACAACAAGGAGAUGCACUUUACAUCAGAGGCAGAAAACAUACUUCUGGAGAUAAGCCGUCGUGCCAUGGAAAAAGAAACAGCAUCUUUAGACCAUGAUCGACACUCUGAAGUGAGCGACCUUGAGGAUCCUCGGCUCAGAGCGACUGCCGGAAUACGUCUGGGCUCGCGACCCCCUUCUCACAUGACCAGUCGAACUAGAAGUAUUGAUGAUGACGACCCCGUUAGUCAACACUCUGCUUCAGUUCGCUCUCAGCAGCCACUGAGUGCUGCUACGUCGUCCACUUCCAUUGCAACCGACAUAACAACGGCGACCACCUCAGCCCUCGGAGACGCCCUCGACCGCCGGAUUGAAGUAUUGCUCCGUGACUGGCACCAGACGUCUGAUGUCCUCUUCUCUAUCCACCCUGUUGAUGGGUCACUUCUUGUUUGGAUUGUGGACUUCCUUGAUGACUAUCCAGGAUCUUUUCGUCAAGCACAGGUGUCAUUCAGUGCCAGAAUACCUAAUGCUCUACCUCUGGGAGAUGCCAUGACCAUGUCACCUAACCUUGCCAUUUAUAAUGGCACAACCCCAUCAUUCCUCAAACAGUUGCUUAAACUGGAAUUAGCGCACGAAGAGGAGCUCCGUGGAGGAAAGAACAAGAGCAAGAGUAACCUCACACUGUCCAGUAAUGACGAUCGUGAUAUACUGGGUGGAGGAGGCAGCCCCUCCCCCAUCAUCUCCAUGACCACCAAGCAUAGUAAUGGCUCUCUCAACCUGUGGCACCUUACUGUAGCUGAGGGAUCCAGGUUUACUCAGGUUCUCAAUAUAUCCCACUUCACAAGAGUAUGUGGCCAUCGCUUCCAACUUAACGACAUCAAGUGCCACCCAGUACUGCCACUUCUCCUCUCCACGUCUCACCACAACAAGCGAGAAGUCUCCCCUGGCAACCCUCCUAGUACUGACGAGACACCUUUAAUCUGUAUCCAGGACACAACUUACAAAGACUGGUGCAGUGAGUUGAUUCUGUGGCGUGUAGAUGCCGUGGGACCUCUCAGUAAGUCCGGGGGCGUCACUGAACUGGCACGUAUCAAUUCUCCGCAAGUGUCGGCCUUUUCCAAUGCUGCUUGGAUCCCCACGCUCUUACCAAGUACCACCCUGGGAAGCGUAUCCAACUCUCCAUCGGCCUGUUUUGUCGCCUCUGACGGGGAGUGUCUGAGGGUCUACCAAGCUGUUAUAGAUGGCCGGGCGCUGUUGGCAGAAAUCUCCACAGCCGAGAGGAAGAAACGCAUGAUGGAGUCCACCUUAAGCCUCUCCACCGACAGCUCCCUACAAGAACAAGCUGGACAGGUGAAUCUAGCUGAUAUUUUUGACAUAGUAUCGGAACAGUCCACCGCCCGUCCUGGCUGUGUCAUUGAGUUAGACGCCAUCCGGGAGGCGUCAAAUGACUGGCAAAACACACAGUUCCUUCACGUCUUUCAAGAAGGACUUAUCCGGGGAGAACGUGGCUCAAAUUCUGGUCAAGAGACAACAACCAGCAUGUUUAACCACACUCAUGCUCCAAUGGUGGAUCUUCACUCCACUGCCAAGUUUGAGGAGCCGUUCUACAUCACCCUCUUAGAGAAAACGGCUGUUGGUUCGGUGAUGCACGUGUGGCGGCUGGUUAUUGCCUCAGAAAAUCACAGUCACGAGGCCUGCGAGGACGAGGAAGGCCGUGGGUCUGGUCGCAGCACCCCGGUGGUUGAUAACUUGGCUGGGAACAUUGACGCUUCUCCAAUUGUUAUCACCACCACCAAGAUUUGCGCACAUUCUUUACCCCUGCCAGCUGGAGUAGAGGUAAUCCACGCGUCGCCAGCUGCAGGCCACCUCAGCUCUGCGUCCAUAUACCCCGCUUGCUAUGCUCCGUACGUCCUGGUGACCGCCUGUUCCGAUAACACCGUGCGCUUUUGGAGGUGCCGCAUGUCCGGAGAGGGGGAGAACAUCCAGAUCCAGUGGCAAGAAUGGCACAUGGUCAGCAAAGAUGGAAAGAGUGCCAUUAAGGUGCCAGGUCAACCUCUUCAUGUGAGUGCAGCUUAUAGUGGCAGGAUUGCAUGUGCCUACCAUUCUCGUGGGCAACAGGCAUCAGUGUCUACGGGACCUGAUGGCAGUAUCCUCUUCUCUUGCUCACUCGCCAUCUAUGAGUGUGAAUCUACAGGAGGGUCACAGUGGGUGUUAGAAGACAAAUUUGAUUUACAAGAUAUUGUCAUGAAUCCUGGAGAUUCCAGCAUGGCUGACCUAGAUCUGGCCUACCUCUCAAAGGUUGCUCAGGGGAAGUCUUCCACCAGACUCACAUCAGCAUUUAGUUCUGAAGACCUGUCCCAGGCGUGUCCUGCAUCACCUGCGUUUUCAGUUGAUGCCUUACAUUCUGUAUCCAGUCAGUUGUUAGUUCCCAGUCCCAGCACAUUGCACUCACUUCGUAAUCAACGCUUUGACAAGCGAGGCGUAAGUGUGAAACAAAAACACCCAGUACAGAUAGACUGGGUGUCGCAAGAAGACGGUUCACACCUUCUAACAGUUGCUAUUGGCAGUAAGAUCUUGGCGUACACAAGUGUAGCAGACGAGAUAGCCGUGAUGAGUAGUGAAGGGAACAAAAAAGAUAAGGAAUCUCGGCCUCGUCCCGUCCUACAGAAAUCCCUCUCACUGCACGCUCUCUCUGACACUAAUUUACCGAGGUGGAUGAGACUUGAGAAACUGUCCCUGAACACAGCAGAUGGACUGGCGCCACUGCCCAUGCAACUAUCCUGGGUGCGUGAUGGCAUCUUGGUCGUUGGAAUGGAUAAUGAAAUGCACGUUUAUUCUCAGUGGCACGUUCCAGCGACAGAACAGAAGCAACAAGCUCUACAGCAACAAGAACCCUCGAGCACUAAGGAUGAAGGUCGUGAUCUGACAGAGGCAGAUCUUAAAACAUACUUACAGGAGUCAUCACACAACCACAAGUCUGCCACUGCCAUGUCGUGGUCGCCUCCUUCUCGAUCCUCACUACCGUCGAUAAUAAGAUGUCUUGGAGAGGUGAUGAUCACUCCACCGGAUGACGUGGAGGGCACUACAAUAUCAGGAAUCUUUGAGGCCAGUCACAUCGCCUCUCCAGUCUUGCCGCAGUAUCACCCACGUCAGCUGAUGGAACUUCUCAAUCAGUGCAAAAUUCGUCGGGUCAAGGCCAUUCUUGCGCACUUAUUAAUGCUUCGCACCCUGUCUGUGUCUGGCAACCAGGGAGGCUCGUCAAGUCGAGAAGGACGAGGAUCCCAAAGUCUGCUGCCUGAGGAACUAACACUGGACUAUAUUGAGGUGACAGCCAUUCCCCCACUUCCACUAUGGCUGCUACUGGAAGCUGACAAGGACACACAGAACCAGCAAGCAAAGAACGCAGACAUUGAAGAAGACACAUACGCUGAGUUGUUUGGAGCGCCGACCAUGAACGUUGACGAAGACCUAACCCUGGAAGAUGAUGAUGCUGACAUGGGGGGUCGCUGCAAGUCAAUAUCACACGAAGUCAAGAGCAUCGCAUUCUUCGGGCCACGCCAGGCCCAGAUAUUGGCUGCCCUGCUGACCCACACCCACCUACCAGGGCUCUCUAGUCUUGACCAGAUGCACCUCUUGGCCUUGGGUGACACCGUGGCUUCAUGCAAUGUUGACUUUGCUGAUCGUUUUGAUAUCAACAAGGCCAAGGAAGCCUUAGCAAAAGAGACCUUCUCCAGAACGACCACAGAUGAGCCGUCAAUGGAGACACUAGAUGACUGUGGUUUACGCUUCCUUCUGGCAAUGCGUCAUCACACGUAUCUGUUGAGGUGUAUACCCAUUGCCCAGCGUGCAACUUUGCAGAAAGGAGGAAUUGGCAGUCACAAUCUUGUUUGGGCCUUCCACUCAGAGAGUCAGGAGGAACUUCUUGACUUUAUCCCAUCUAUGAGACAAGGUAAUCCCCGCUGGUCUGAGCUAAGAGAAUUAGGAUUUGGAUGGUGGGUCCGCAACAACACCCUCUUAACCCGCUGCUUCAAUAAGAUAGCCAAAGCUGCAUUCCUUGUUAAGAAUGACCCCCUGGACGCUGCUAUAUACUACCUGGCCAUGAAGAAGAAGAACCUCGUGUGGGGUUUGUUCCGCUCAAUUAAUAACAGACGCAUGACGGAUUUCUUUGCCAACAACUUCACAGAGGAGCGGUGGCGUAAGUCCGCACUGAAGAACGCAUUCGCCCUCUUGGGAAAACAACGGUUCGAACACGCUGCUGCCUUCUUCUUGUUGGCUGGAGCACUGAAAGACGCUCUCGAGGUACUUCUGAACAAGCUGCAUGAUGAGCAGCUGGCCAUAGUGGUCAUACGACUCUAUGAGGGAGAGUACGAGGCUGUCCCCCCGACUCUCAGUAAACUCCUGCAUACUAGAAUACUGGGGCAGGACGAGCAAGGGGAGAAUAUGGAUCUAAUGAAAGUCCAUCCCGAUCCGUUCUUCCGGUCCGUUGCAUACUGGAUGCUCAAGGACUACAGUAACUCCCUCAACACACUGCUACAGACGGAUGCUACACUGGGCAUACACCAUCCAGAUUACGUUGCCACCAAGUCUACGUCCUCAAGCAGCGUCAGUGCAGCUGAUCCAAGUGUGUUCAACUUCUACAUUUACUUGCGGACUCAUCCUCUGCUGAUUCGUCAGUGUAUUGCAAAUACUGCCAAGGGAGGAGGCGGCUCACUCAUGGCUUCACGCCUCGGGAAAGGUCAGGACACGUUGGACAAGAAGAGCGUGUAUGAGAGCAGCAUGACCCCUCUAGAGCGACGGCUGUACUUCACCACCGCUCACGCUCACCUCCGCUCAGGCUGCCCUACGCUGGCUCUGGAGGUCUUAUCCAAGUUACCAGAUAAUGUCAUUGAUCUCGAGAACCCAGACACAGGAGAUCUCUUGGGGAGUCCAUCAAAGGAACAGAGACCCGCCUUUGAAUUGAUACACAGCGGGACCCUCGAGAGCGACGGCUCCUUUGACCGCACCGGCUCGACUGUAGUUGGUGGGGACAAAGCCGCUGACUUGUUUGCACCGAGCUCCUCUUCAGGUUUUGGUUCCUCAUCUGUAGGAUUUGAUUGGUCGACUUCAUCACCAUCUCAAAGACAAAAAGCAGAUGGCGGACUUGACUUGGACUUCUCCCUGGGGGCUGUUGAUGAGGAGGAGGAGGAAGAGGAGGAUAGUAAACCAAGGGAUACCAAGUCUCUAGCAUCCAGUGAUGAUGAAGGACCAUCAGAGACAAACAAGAAACAUCUAGACAUAAUGGCUCAGCAACUCAAGUUUGUGUCCUGCCUGAAAAUGAUGAUGGAGGAGCUGGCUACCCUGGCUACCGGGUGUGAGGUGGACGGUGGCCAGCUGAGGUACCAACUGUAUGUGUGGCUGGAGAGGGAGGUGGAGGCUCUCAAGGAGGUUUGCAACUACUGCAGUACGCUCCAUGUUGGUGUGAACUUCAAGUUGUGGCAGGAGAGCUGGUGGGAAAAUGAUCUCGUUGAGUCCAUACCUGCUGAUGAAGUCGGUGACCACACUCCCAUGCCGUCUGUCCCUCUCAGUGAGCCGUCCACGCUGCACGAGAUCAUUCAGCAAGAGAAGCUGGAGUUUGAAGAUAAAAUGGAGAGAGCUGCCAGGAGGAAGCGCUGGCUUAUGGCCAAUCAGCAGCUACUGAGGACACUACUAAGCUACUGUUCCCUGCAUGGGUCUAGUGGUGGUGGCCUGGCCUCUGUCAGAAUGGAGUUAAUAUUGCUCCUCCAGGAACUGCAGCAGGAGAAUAGCAAGCAACAGCUGCUGUCACCACUGCCCUUCCCCACCACACUACCACUGUUGUCCGCAUCCAUUGCUUCCAACAAGACAGUUGUGUCGGAUCCUGUUCGCCAUUUACAGGCUGGUACACAUGACCUCCUACAGUCACUGGUGGAGAUAACAGGUGUUGCUCAGUCAGAAGCUCGAAUCAUGUGCCGGGCAGCUGUGUUGCGCAAUUUGGCUGCAGCCUUGUCUGCCUGUAUCUACCAGUCCCUCUGUGAUUCUGAGACAUUUACUAUCAAAGCUCAGCACAGAGUGGCUGCCCUAGGAGUGGACAUACAGCAUGUGACAGUCGCUCACCGUGAAUCUCACUUAGUUGGCCGUGAUCUGAGAACUGGAACCCCACACGAGGAUGAACCAUUAACUGUAUGCACUGUACCUGCCAAAUGGCCUGGGGUGACUUCUCUCCUGGCUCUGGUGGCUCGAGAACGUGAUGAAGACACCCCUAAGCUGAACCUACUCCUUUGCGAAGCUUUUGUUGCUGUGUAUCUCAGUCUUCUGGUGCACGGCUUGGCAGCGAGUGAUGCUUACGUCAUGUACCGUCUUGUUGCCCGGGCAGUAACGGAGAAGGACUGGGCCAUGUUGUUUGGUGGAGGUGUUAAGAAGCUGGUCAAAGUUAUCACCAAUGUUUUGCCAACCCAGACCUCAAUGGAGAAGGAAGGCAUGGGAGGAGCUUCGGUCAGCGGAGAAAGGAUUCUGUCUACGAUCUCGAGCCUCCAGAAGACCCGCAUCAAGUUCAACAUGAAGCUCCUCGGUCAACUUGGCUUCCAAGACCCACGUGGCUCCUCCAGCGAUGGGGAGGCCAAGCCAGCAUAUCGAGAACAAUUUCUACCUCCAGAAAUGUCUAUUGUUUCACUCCUUAUGAAAAAACCCGUACUGCCGCCAGUGUACGAGAACAUUGAUUACGACUCCUCCGCCAGCGACGACGAGGAAGUGGAUAUUGAUUACGAAGAGGACGAAGACGUAUUCAAGGAGCCCAAGGUUCUGGCUGAAAACACAGAGCACAGUGACCCAGACUCGUACUCCUGGUGCCUGCUGAGGCUGGCCACCGUACGAGCAGCCAAGAUAGUGGUCGAACGGUUCCUGGAGGUAGCUGGGGUGGAGUUACUUGAACUACCAAUGCAAAGUCCGCUGCUGCAUUCCAUUUUGCGAACUCUGGACCAAUGGCUCGCUGCGCUGGUGAUGCACAUCGAGAGCAAGAAGGGCCCACCUCCAGAAUAUAUCCCUGGCUGCUUUGCCGAGACCCAGGUCAUGGGUCCGGCCAUUCUGAAAUACCGAGGACUGCUGGAGACCCACAACACUCCCUUUGUGCGUAACAAAAAGGGAGUCAAGUCAGUUGAGCGGCUUUGGAACUACCUCGUAAGGCAGGAGGAGGUUCAGGACGUCUUUGUGAGGUAUAUCUUUGGCCGCAAGAGACCUGCACCCGAUCCCACCCAGCACUCAGAUCAUGGUGACGAUGCAAUGAGUGACGCGGGUGAGGGCGUCGACGGCUCGGGAACAGGUGAAGGAGGGUCAGAGAUGGGCGCAGACAACCAUCACGAACCUUCGGAACACGGCGGCCCAACCUCGGAAGCAACAGUUCAGUCUCUAGAACCUGUACGCAUCAUCCACAAGGAACAAGACUCUAUCACUGCUUUCUGUAUCAAUAAGGUGAAUGCUGGCUUGAUGGCUGUUGCAACUGUGCGUGAGGUACAGGAGCUGGAUGUUUCACUGCUGUUAGACCAUCCUAGUUGGCUUACUAAUGAAUGUGAAUUGGAUGUGUUGUCACUGAACAAAGAGCCGGACAGUGUGCCGUCAUCAAACUUCCUGGUCGUACACACACCAUUAGACAAAAACGUCCUCGAUCCUGGUAAGACAGCUGUUGAUGGGAACCUGUCAUCGUCGUCAAGCAUCAACUUCUCGGGCAUGGGCGGACCAUCAAUGGGCCAGACAGGAAGGGGCACCAAUGUGUUGAAGGAGUUCAAAGGGGUAAAUUUCCCCGGCUCAAACAACCCUCGUUUCUGUCGCUUCGUAUGGGAACGCAGUCGCCAUUGCCUGAAGCCGUUGCUGAGUCAUCGUGUGGAAGGAACGCGUCGCAUGACAUCUCAUCCUGUCCUGCCGCUGUAUCUGUUGGGUUGUCAGGACGGAUCUGUGGUCGUGCGUGAGUGGCACCACAGUGCAGUGGUUGCUCGACCUCGACCCGGCGGCACAUUUGCCAAGGUGGCCCGAGUACAGUUCAACCAGCAAGGUAACAAGUUUGGUGUCAUUGACGGCGACGGAAACUUGUCCCUCUACCAGCUGGGUCUGGCAUCACAGGUCAACAAACCAUUUUAUAACCACCAGUGCCACAACAAACAUGGAAGUGACUUCGUAUUUGUGGGGUCAUCGAGCCUCCUGGCCACAGCGGGACAGUCUUCCGAACACCGCAACGUAGCGCUGUGGGACACGUUGUUGCCACAGAGGAAGGCUAAUGUUGUAUCUUGGACCUGUCAUGAGAGUGGGGCGUCGUCACUGCUGUACGCUCCUCAGCACCAGGUGAUCCUGUCAGCUGGCAAGAAGGGAACUGUGUGUAUCUUUGAUGUCAGACAGCGCACCUUGAGACAUAAAUUCCAGGCCCACGAUGCAGCCAUAAAGUGUAUGGCUUUAGACCAGAGUGAGGAGUUCUUCUGUACAGGUUCUGCUGAUGGGGACAUUAAGGUCUGGGGUUUGACCAUCCACAACCUGAUAUACAACCUGCCUGGAGAACAUUCUCGUUCUUCUCUCUUCAAGAACUUGAGUCAAGGUGUCACCCAGCUGCAACUUGAUACAAGCAACAGACUUUUCUCUUGUGGUGCUGACGGGUCCAUCAAGUUGAGACAGUUGCCAGAUAGAGACCUCAAUGUUAGCCAUUUGUAACUGACUGAAAUACAAGAUGGGGUAUACAGUACCAGCUCUUUGUUAAAUAAGAAAGGUGACUUAUUGACCAUUUCAAGAUAUAAACCUAUGGGUCAGUAAGUAUAUUUUGCUUGAUACAUGACACAUUAAGCAUUUCAUUAUUUCUUUUUGUAGAUAAUCUGGUUCUAAGAACACCAUCUUGAGAAAAACACCAAGACGUGUAAAUCAUUGAGAGUCAUCCUGGUUUAUACUCUGAUAUUCUUGAUGUGUUAGUGGAAUAUAGGUUAUUUGCCUCACACCAUUAGUCACGUGAUUCUCAGCUUCAUCGAUACUUAUUAGUUUUACCAUAAAAACACACAUUUUAUUCAAAUUAAGUUAUAAUGACCAUAAAACAUUACCUUCUGUAUCUUUGUAAUCUUUCAAACAGUAUUAUUUUGUCUUGCUUUAAUCAUAUAUGGUAAAGGGCAAAUGUUGUUCCUCACUUGCAGUCAUCUAGAAGCAGUGCUUAAAGUGCUAAAAAAUCUGAACCAACACAGUAAGUCAGUGCACUCGACUACAUGUGUGUCUUCACAUACAAAAGUUUGCAAAAUGAUUGUCUUUGUUUGAACAGGAAGGAUGCCACCUAUCUCAGUAGGGUCAUUUGGCUGAACCACCACUGCAUUACCGAGCAUUCCUAGUAUCUGCAUCUUUCUCUAUCAUAGGUUGUAUGUAUUCAUGCUAAAGCUUCUUGAACCUUUGUUGUUGUUGUUGGAAUUUAUUUAAUUUACCUGUGUCAUCUUAUUCACAUGGGAAGCUGCCCUCUGAGGGGAUAGGGAUGGUCCUGACAGAAAUGCCUCCAUAUUACUAUUUUACAUCAGUCUCUUAUACAGUUAAAAGAACAAGUACUCAUGUCAACAUUAUAUACAGUAUCCCUGUUUGUGUGUGUGUAUUAGACAACAAAGAACCAAAAAUUAUGUAAAGGAGGGAACUAUAGUACCUUCUUAUAUGUACAUCAUCCAUUCACUACAUCAUUUCUACCAGGUUUUAUGAAGUUCUGUUGAAAACUGUUAGAUGAGUCGACUGUAGAAGCCUUUCAUUACCGGCAGAGAACAUUUGAUGGCAGAUAGUCAUUUCAGCUUCUUCUCUGGUAGAGGGUGAGUAUAUGGUACAGUAUUUCCAGUGGGACUACGAGACAGGCAAAUUUCUACCUUAUUUUGACAUAAUGGGUAAUGACUUGUGAAAGUAAAGGUCGCUUGGACCUUUCACUGUCAAAAUAAUCAUUGUAACUAAAAUACCAGAUCUCAUUUACUUGUACAGGAUCAUUGUUGCUAUAUAAUGGAAGAAUAUUUUCCUGGUGUAAACUUUCAGCGGCUCGAGUUUGGUCUUAUAAAAUUAAUGUCAAAACAGUUACAAGUCUAGUUUAUCCAGAUUUAGUUGAACAUGUUUGGCUUACAAGUUCCAGGUAUUCUUUCUCAUAUUAUAUAACAAGAUAUACAGUAUAUACCUGGUACAGUACAUGCAGUAUACCUUGUAAGUAAUGACCCCUUUUAAUUAAUAUAUUUUAUAAUUUUUCCUUCAUCACUGACACAUUAAUUACACUGGUUGUCUAUUUCAAGUUUACCCAGUACUGUAGUCAAUAUAUCUCAAAUCUAUUUCAAUGGCUGAACAAUAAUUCAGAUCUGCUUCUUUCAUUCUGCAUCAUUGUGGGUAAAGUCUUCCUGUAGAAAAAAACAAACAAAAUUAUGUUGUCAGGGUAGAUGAUGAUGUGAGUCCAGCUGUUAAAUGCGUUAGAUGAGCCACACACACACACACACACACACACACACACACACACACACACACACACACACACACAACUAUUCCAGGUAAACUGACUGCUGUACUGUACUUUCAUUCUACCCAGGCAAAAGUCAUUUUAGAUCCAGCAAUUUUUUUUUUUGCCAAGUAUAAUUAUUAUACUCAUUGAAAGCCACCAGUUGUAUAAAUAUCCUUCAUAUAUAAUUACACAGGGCCAUUUUAUUUAUUUUUUUUAAUUCAAGAACUCUUAAUAAUCACUGCAGUGUGUUUUAGGACGUGCAAUAAACAGGAACCCCAAAACUAGUAAGACUAAAGUAAGAAAAAUGUCCCCUUGUAAUUAUAUAUGUGGUAUACUACACACUAAGAACUAAUGAAGGAACUAUUUUAGAUCGUUGAUGUAACCUGUGCGUCUGAUUAUAUACACUUUCUGUUUUAAAUUAAUGUAUUAGCGACUACUAUAAUUACAAGAUAACUUUAUGCAAUGUAAAUAUCUUACAGAAAAGAGACAAAUGUAAUUGUUGGUUCUUUUUUUAAUAUAAUAUCUAUAAUAGUGCGGUAAUAUAAUAUUGUAGCGUAUAAUAGUGUAUACAUUGGCCAUAACAUAAGCAGUACUGUAUGUAAUAGCAUAGGCUAGUCUUGGGUUAACUAAUGUUGUGACUACCUGUGUCUCUGAUCCUUGGAUCCUAACCCUAUCAUAACCUGUGCAUCAAUCUGUUUUUGUUACUCUACUGUAUUAUUAUUUUUUGUUGGGAAGAUGAAGGGUACAUAAACUACAGGUGAGGUGGGGGGGGGGAUACAGGUACUGUUAAAGGAGAGAGGGAUGAAGACAAAAGGGAGAGAUAUUCAAACAUACUUUUAUCAUAGUCUCAGUUUACAUCCACAGUAUAGAUGGUGAACACUUUCUUAACAUUCAUAUGAUCAAAGUUAACCAGAGGAAUGGUUUAAGUAAGAAUAUUUAAGGGGUUAUAGAAUCCAGAUCCAGGAAUGAGUUUUGCCCAGAAAUGUUUUAAUCUUACUAAUACUACUACUACUACUUCUUCUUCUGUACUACUAUACACUACUACUGCUGCUGCUACUACUACAUGUGAACUCUUUUUAAGAUUUAGGAAAUUAAAUGCCUGAUCAUUUUGUAGUUAAUAUUUCUUGGGCAGAAUUUGCUGUGUAUCAAUAUGUGAUGAGUUGUUCUGUAAAUAGAUACAUGUUAUAUAAAUAUAUAAAUAUAUAGAGGUAGUUAAUUUUUUCUAAUAGGUGAAAUAUAUUAUAAAAUACUCACAUUCCAGAAUUACACUUGUGUUUACAUGGUAUGAAACACUGUCUGUUGACGGCUGGUGUGAAACACUGUCUGUUGACGGCUGGUGUGAAACACUGUCUGUUGACGGCUGGUGUGAAGCACCCUCUUUUGACGGCCUCAUUGGCAAAAUACAAAGCCCUGAAUUAUUUAAUGAAGAACAAAAUGGUAAAAGCAACCAUUAAGGCACAAUGAAUCAUAGUCUGGGGUCAUAAUUUACAUCACAAUAGACUUAAGGUGGAAAUUUUUGUAGGGUCAAGAGGCAUGAGGCCACUGCUUAUCACCACCAUCAACAGACCUGUGCUGCUGUCACAAGUAUAUGUAUAAAUGUUAUUUGUAAAUGAAUUAUAAUAUUGUGUGACAUGUGUUGGUCUUGUGUAAAGUUGAAUAAAUAUAUAGGAAACCAAA